UUCACUGUUACGAAGUUCUCAGACCAGUCGAAUUCAGAUUCUCCCCAAACCUCAAGGAUGCGGGUCACCGAGCCCCGAACCCUCCUCCUGCUGCUCUCGGGGGCCCUGGCCCUGACCCAGACCCGGGCGGGCCACAUUCACCUCCGACCCGGGCACCCGCGCCCAGAGGAGGGUCGGGCCGGGUCUCAGCCCCUCCCGAUCCCAGGGGUUCACUCCUUGAGGUACUUCCACCUCCUGGUAUCCGGACCUGGCCACAGGCGAGACCUUUACACAUCUGUCGGCUACUUGGACGACACGCAGUUCGUAAGGUACAACAGCGACACCGCGAAUCCAAGGAUGGAGCCGCGGGCGCCGUGGAUGGAGCAGGAGGGGCAGGAGUACUGGGACUGGCAAACGAGGAUAGCCAGAGAACAUUCUCAGGAGUCACAGUCGAACCUGCAGAUGAUCGUUGGUAACCACAACCACAGUGAGUCGGAUUCUCACAGCCUCCUUUGGACGUCUGGCUGCGACGUGGGGCCUGACGGGCGCAUCCUUCGCGGGUAUGAGCAUUUUGCCUACGACGGCGAGGAUUACAUCACCCUGAACGAGGACCUGCGCUCCUGGACCGCGGCGGACACGGCGGCUCAGAUCAUCCGGCGCAAGUGGGAGUUGGAGGGAGCAGCGGAACAGUACCGGGCAUACCUGGAGACCCAGUGCGUGGAGUGGCUCCGCGAGUACCUGGAGAAGGGGAAGGAGACACUGCAGCGCACAGUUCCUCCAAAGACCCAUGUGACACACCACCCCAUCACUGACCGUGAGGUCACCCUGAGGUGCUGGGCCCUGGGCUUCUACCCUGAGGAGAUCUCACUGACCUGGCAGCAUGAUGGGGAGGACCAAACCCAGGACAUGGAUCUUGUGGAUACCAGGCCUUCAGGGGAUGGAACCUUCCAGAAGUGGGCUUCCCUAGUGGUGCCUUCUGGAGAGGAGCGGAGAUACACAUGCCAUGUGCAGCACGAGGGGCUUCAGGAGCCCCUCACCCUGAGAUGGGAGCCACCUUUUCGGUCCGAAACCCUCCUCAUCGUUGCCAUUGUCCUGGUUGUCUUUGGAGCUGUGGUCACUGGAGCUGUGAUUUGGAGGAAGAAGAGAUCAGGUGGAAAUAGAGGGAGCUAUAAUCAGGCUGCAGGAGGAGACAACGUCUAGGUUUCUCAUGGCUUCUAAAGUGUGAGGCAGCUGGCUUGUGUGGAACUGAGUGAAGAAAGACGUGUUCAUGCCCCCACUCUCUGACUUCAGAACCUGGACUUCUCUUUUUGUAGGGGGCGUCUGAAUGUGUCUGUAUGUGUCUGUAUUCCUGUGGUGUAAAAUGAGGAAGUGGGGAAGCUGACCCACCCCUGCCCACAAUGGCCCCAGUUCCUCCCCCCACCAUCCUGCGGUGGUAUUGUUACAGAGUCCAAGUUCACUCUGCUUGCCCCAGGACAGGCCAAUGAAUCGGAGACGAGGUGUUGAGGCAAGGAAUACGACUUUAUUCAGAAAAGCCGGCAGACCAAGAAGAUGGCAAACUAGUGUGUGUCAAAAAAACCAUCUUGCCUGAGUUAGAAUUCAGGCUUCUUUUAUACUAAAAAGGGAAGGGGGUGUUGUUGGUUAUUGCAGACUUCCUGGUGCCAGAAUCCUUUGUUCUUGCAGCUGUCCAUGUAGGUCAGGUCACAUGUUCCUGUAAACCUCCAACAAGGCAAAUGUUAUUUUUUGUUCUGCAACUUUAAUGAAUGAAAAAGUGUUAUAUACCUUUAAAGGUCAGAGGUUCGAGAAUGGGCUAUCCUGUAUAUUUCAGGCUAUAAAGCAACAUUCUGAACUUGUAGCAAAAGCCAUAGAAUACAAAGGUUAAUGUAAAACAAACAGAUCUAACAGGGAGUCCGAUUUAGCUCUUCCCUGUAACAGUAUCGCAGAAGUUUGCAUAUCAUCAAAUUGUAUACCUUAAAUAUGUGCAAUUCUUUUAUAUUAAUACUACCUCAAUAAAGCUGUGUAAAAAGUAUUAUUUUGAAAAACAUGUUUUGAAAGUGGCUGAGUGGUUCCUAAUUUGCCAUUUGAGAUCAUAUGUUAGAUUCACAAAGUCCUUGUAAUUUUUUAAAAUUAAUUAAUUGAUUAAUUUUAUUUUAUUAUUUUAUUGGCUGUGUCGGGUCUUCGUUGCUGCACACGGGCUUUCUCUAGUUGCUGUGAGCGGGGGCUGCUCUCCAUUGUGGUGCUCGGGCUCCUCAUUGCAAUGGUUUCUCUUGUUGUGGAGCAUGGGUUCUAGGCGCGAAGGCUUCAGUAGUUGAGGCACAUGGGCUCAAUAGUUAUGGCUCAUGGGCUCUAGAGCAAGGCUCAAUAGUUGUGGCACACGGGCUUAGUUGCUCCGCGGCAUGUGGGAUCUUCCUACAGCAGGGAUCGAACGUGUUUCCUCUGCACUGGCAGGCAGAUUCUUAACCACUGCGCCACCUAGGAAGUCCCAUGUCCUUGUAAUUUAUAUGUAUUUUAUUUUUAAAUAUCAAUAAAUG